AUGGCCCCCGAAGUGGCUUUGCUGCAGCAAAGAGACACUUCUAAAUCCUCCAAACUGUCUCCUCAAAAGGCCCGCAGCGGCAGCAAAACAAGCCAACCAACAGCAGUUGGGCGGCCCCAACGGGGGCCCCAAACGGGGGACCCAGAGGGGCCCCAGGGGCCCCAAACGGGGGCCCCAGAGACCCAAAAGGGGCCCCAAGAGGGGUCCCGGGGGCCCCUCAGGGGGCCCUGUUUGGGGCCCCCAAAGAUCGAAGAGGGACCCCUAGGAAAAGCGGCCCUAGGGGGGCCCCCAGAAUGGGGGCCCCCAGAAGGGGUGCUCCCAGAAGAGGGGCCCCCAGAAGGGGGGCCCCCAGAAGAGGGGCCCCCAGAAGGGGGGCCCCCAGAAGAGGGGCCCCCAGAAGGAGGGCCCCCAGAAGAGGGGCCCCCAGAAGGGGAUGGAAGUGUUGGGGGUUAUUCAAGCAAAGCAGAUUGGUGGAGCUUUGGGGCUGUGCUGUUUGAGUGUCUCUUUGGCUUCCCGCCGCUGGGCCGGCUGGUUCUGCCCCGCCAGCUGCAGCAGCAGCAGCAGCAGCAGCAGCUGCAGCAGCAGGAGGAGGAUUGUGGGGGCACGACGGACGACGUGCAUGCAGGUAGAGACACUGCAGCAGCAGCAGCAGCAGCAGCAGCAGCAGCAGCAAGGACCUCAGACCCUCCUUUUAUGCCAGUUGUGGGGGUCGCCAACCCCGAGUUGAUUCUUUGCAUGCUGCGAAACUAUGAAAAGUAUAUUACUUUGCCUCCCCCCCCUUUUGUCAUUAGGGGGGCCCCCCAAAAGGAGACCCUGGCCCAGAAGGGGGCCCCUGGAGGGGCCCCCUCGGGGGCCCCCGUGGGGGCCCCCUGUGGGGCCCCCUGUGGGGCCCCUGGGGGGCCCUCCGAGAGGUUUCCUGGGGAGUACCCCUGGGGAGCCUCUGGGGGGACCCCUGGGGGGCCCCCUGGGGGGCCACUAGGGGGGCCCCCUGGGGGCCCCCCGGGGGGGCCCCCCACAGUGUCUGCAGAGGCAGUUGACCUGCUGCAGCAUUUGCUGUGUCCGCAAGAGUGCAGAUUUGGUUAUAAAGAAAUAAGGAGACACCCGUGGUUUUCAGGGUACUGUUGGAGUUCAAAGAAAAAGAAAAAAGGAGGCAAAAUAAAAGCAAAAGGAGACAAAAAGAAAACAAAAAAACACCAAAGGGACCAAAAACUGUACCCUCAUUUCCCCCCCCUCACGCCCCCCAGCAGCAGCGCCUUCUCCUCGGAGACAGAAGAGACACAAGACUCAGCAGACGAGCAGGGGGCCCCCCU